AUUCCGGCGAGCCGGGCCAUGCAGCCCGCAGUGCUUCUCGGCCUCCUGGGAGCCACGAUGAUGGCGGCUGUCAGUUCUAUGCCAGUGGACAUCAGGAACCACAGUGAAGAAAUGGUGACUCGCUGCAUCAUCGAGGUCCUCUCAAAUGCCUUGUCGAAGUCCAACACUCCACCCAUCACCCCUGAGUGCCGACAAGUCCUGAAGAAGAGUGGAAAACAGCUCAAAGAUGAAGAGAAAAGUGAAAAUGAAAACACAAGGUUUGAAGUGAGAUUGUUAAGAGACCCAGCUGAUGCCUCAGAAGCCCCCAGGACCUCCAGUAGGGAGGACGCAGGGGAGGAGGAUGCCCAAGGCCAGACAGUGGCAGACACAGAGGGCGGUGGGCACAGCCGAGAGCGGGCAGGCGAGCCCCAAGGCAGCCAAGUGGCCAAAGAAGCAAAGACACGCCAUUCUGAGAAGAGCAAGGGACAGGACAGGGAGGAAGAGGAGGCGGAGGAAUAUCAGAAAAGGGAGCGUGUGGAAGACGGCAGUGAGGAGAGACACCCUGGAGGGCCAAGAGAGGCACAAACUGCUCUUCUCAGCCACAGAAACCAGACUCCAGCUAAGAAAGAGGAGUUAGUGUCCAGAUACGAUACGCAGUCUGCGGGCGGCCUUGAGAAGUCGCACAGCCGGGAGAGGAGCAGCCAGGAGAGUGGAGAGGAGACCGGGAGCCAGGAGAAUGGGCCCCGAGAGCCGCAAAGCCACCCCGAGCGCCGGGAAGGACCCGAGGAGAGCGAGGAGGAUGUCAGCCCCGAGGUGGACAAGCGACGCUCGAGGCCAAGACACCACCACGGGAGGAGCAGGCCCGACAGGUCCUCUCAGGAAGGGAAUCCUCCCCCUGAGGGAAGGGGGUACUCCCGGGAGGAGCCCCACGUGGGCACAGCCGGCUCAGGGGAAAAGAGAGCCCGCCAUCCAACCUUCUCCAGGGCUUCGGAGGAAGAAGCCGAAUACGGGGAGGAAGUGAGGAGUCACCCGGCUGCCCGGGCUCCCAGGCCUCCCAGCGAGGAGAGCCUGGAGCAGGAGGACAGGAGGAAAGGCCUCAACCUAGAGCUGAAUAGCAUGGCGCACGGGUACGACGAGGAGAGCGAGGAAGAGAGAGGCCAGGAGGGGGGACCCCGCCACAGAGCCCGGGGAGGGGAGCCGGGAGCCUACUCCACGCUACACCAAACAGAAGAGAAACGGUUCUUGGGUGAAGCACACCACCGUGCUCAGGAAAGCCAGACGGACAAGGCGAGGCGGCAUCCACCAGGCGAGUUGAGAAAUUACCUCGACUAUGAUGAAGAAAAGGGUGAGGAAGGAGCCCGAGGGAAGUGGCCGCAGCUGGGGGACCCGCAAGACGCUGAGGAGAACAGGGAAGAAGCUAGGCUUCGAGGCAAACAGCGUGCUCCCCAUCACAUCACCGAACAGAAGAGAUUAGGGGAGCUUGCCAGUCCGUACUACGGCCCUCCCCAGUGGAAGAGCAGCCGGUUUGACAGAAAAGACCACAUGGGUGACAGUUUUCUUGAGGGCGAAGAGGAGAACGGGCUGACCUUGAAUGAGAAGAAUUUCUUCCCAGAAUACAACUAUGACUGGUGGGAGAAAAAGCCCUUUGAGGAGGAUGUAAACUGGGGGUAUGAGAAGAGAAACCUGGCCCCCAAACUGGAUCUGAAAAGGCAGUAUGACAGAGUGGCCGAACUGGACCAGCUCCUUCACUACAGGAAGAAGUCGGCUGAGUUCCCGGACUUCUAUGACUCGGAGGAGCAGAUGGGCCAUCGCCACGCAGCAGAAAAUGAAGAGGAGAGGGCUGGCCAAGGAGUUCUGACGGAGGAAGAGGAAAAAGAACUUGAAAACUUGGCUGCGAUGGAUUUGGAACUACAGAAAAUAGCUGAGAAAUUCAGUGGUAACCGAAGGGGCUGA